AUCAAGAACUUUGACAUUAAUUUAACAAAAUUUUAUUGGACAAAUCUGCAAUUUUAUUCUUUACGCCAAUAACAAUUUUUCUAUUUUAUUGUUGUGACCACGUUUUGAAAACCGAAACAAGUUACCGACCUGUCAUGGCUGCUAAGUUUUCGUAAUUUACGUGUGUGACAAAUUGAAGCUCUUAAAUGUUGAUGAAUAUGUAAAUUAUCGUGAAUUUUAUGCUAAAUAGUAAAUCAAAGCAACUUCGCAUUUUAACAAAAAUCUUGUAGCGAAAGCUUGAAAUCGGGCACAAGAACUGAAGGAUUAAAAAUCAGUGUGAAGAAAGAAUACAAUAGACAAGGUAUGGAACCUCCAGUGAAAAGAAACAGAAUUGAUGACAGCAUAAACAGUAUCACGAUCAAAAAUCAAACAGGCAUAGACAAUUUGAUAGACAGUAUAAUUAACUCCAAAAAUCAGCCACAAAUUAUUUUAGGUGAUGAAUAUUACCAGACGCUACCACUAAUAAAAGUCUUUAUCGGACAUGUAAAACAGCCUAAAGACAUAUCGAAGCUAUUUGAAAUACUCAAUGAGAAAUUACCAUUGAAACAUCUGCUUCACCUGAAGCGUGUCCGGAAAAAGGAUAUAUUAUUAUCUCCUGUUUCGUUCUUAAACAGCGACACUCAAGAAUCAAUUCAAGAAUACAUUGAACGUAAUAUACCAGAAAUCAAGGAUUGCUUCGAAUAUUUCAGGGAAGCCACCGUACCUUUAACUCCACCGUUAACGAGAAAGCAGUACAUGGAAAACUUGAGACACUGGUCACUUAACUUCCAUCCGAAUCAUUAUAUUGAGACAAUAAUGAGCGAUCAGCCUUUCAAACAGAGUGAAGCGAGAAAUCACAGAAUAUAUAUGGCCUUGACAUUCGAGAUCGUAAAAUGGUACUUUAACAUCAAAUCUUAUGAGGAUAUUUUACAGAGUGAUUUCAAUGCUGCUGUCGUCGUAGACCCGACCAUAAACUCUGUAGUGACUCUGGCUGUGGAUAAUAGACACGAACAUCCUUUACAACAUCCGGCAAUGUUGGCCAUAGAUAAUGUAGCGAAAACACAAGAAGGCGGUGUUUGGAAAAUAGACAUUGACGAUACUUUAAAAGAAGAUUUGAAAGAAAAAUUCAAGAUACAGUAUGGGACUAGAAGUGGCACUGCUGAAUCACCUUAUUUGUGUACAGGAUAUUAUGUUUAUUUAUUAAGAGAACCAUGCAUUAUGUGCUCUAUGGGCUUAGUGCAUGCAAGAGCUAAAAAGAUUUUCUUCUCAUUAGACACGCCGCUGGGAGGCUUAAAAUCCAAGACGAAAUUGCAAUGUAUUGAAUCAUUGAAUCAUUGUUUUGAAGUGUUUACCGGGUUUUUGUAAUAUUAUGAAAUUUUGAAUUGCUUCAAUUUUAAAUCAAUAAAACUUUCUUUGU